AUGUCAAUAGACAUGAAGAUUUUAGCGCUUUCCUUUGUUGUUUUCCUCUAUGGGAGUUUAAAUUUGGUAAGAAAACAUAAUAAUUCAUUAAUUCAUUAUCAUUCAUAGCUUACAAGAAUAUGCGUGAUUGAUUGCCAAUGGUGGGUGAUGCUUGAUGGUGAUUAAGAUCCUCACUCCAUCCUACAGUCUAAUAUUUUUAGGAGAAAUCACAUAAAUUAAGUGAACAUUUAUCUUAUAACAUGUUUUUGUUAUUUUAGGCAUCAGCAUCUUGUCCCUCCGAAUGUUCGUGUCCUCGUGAGGUAGGCCUACCCAGGUGCGUGCCAGGAAUCAGCUUUGUGCCAGACGGCUGUGGAUGCUGCAAAGUUUGCGUGCGGCAGCUCAAUGAAGACUGCAGCAAGACAGAGCCAUGCGACCACACCAAGGGACUGGAGUGCAACCUUGGGGCUGCUUAUGGCACAGCUAAAGGCAUCUGUCGAGGUAUGAUAAAGUUGUAUAGGAAACAAUAAUUCUGAUACUCUGCUGUGGGCAUUGAUAGUCUAUAACUUCUACAAAUCUAGCUCCUAUGGGUUUGGAUGUAGAGAUGUAGGUUUUUAACUAGUUUAUUACAACGUUUUAAAUGAGGAAUUAUGCUUUUGGUUUAUUUACGGCGCAUUAUCUAUAAUUAGAAUAUUACACUUGACUAGGGUUGCAAAGCUACCGGUAAUUUACCAAAGGUAGCGAAUCUUCAUUAAUGCUGGUAAUUAACAGGUAAUAACUUUUGUAAUUUAUACUCGAAUAACUUUUUUUUAAAUGUAGUCAUAUAUAGUAUUCAUUUUUAUAUCUGUGUCCAUAUUGUCCAUGUUUCUAGUGGAAAGACCAUAUGGUUCAAGAGGAAAUAGCCUAAUUAAUGAAAAAAGCAUCUAAUCAACAAUGGCAUUAUUUUCAUUUAACUUUGCAACUCUUCCAACUAUUGACUUUUUUCACAACUGCCACAAGUUUAGCGCCAAACCAUUUACAACAAAGACAUAGUAAAAUAAAAAAAAUUGUGUACAAAUAAUAGUUCAUGCUGAAACCCUCAUUAAACACCAAUGGUAUUCAUUAAGCUGAUGGUUUAUAUUUAGGAUAAUGUUUUACAGCUUUGUCAUUAUAUUUUCCAUUUUAAAAUCUUAUUUGAUUAUUUUAUAUAUUAUACAUGUAAUAAGGCUACACAGAGGGCCAGAGAUAAUUACAGACACCUGUGAUUAUCUGAAGUACCCAAAAAGGCCACUAGAUCUCAUCUGAUAAAAUUCCCCAAAAUAUUUGAAAGUUACCAAAAUUCUGGUAGUUAUUUUACUGGUAAACUUAGAAAGUUUCCAGUAAUAUACCCUGCCUUUGCAACCAUACACUUGACUCACAUAGUAACAGUCUCCCCACCUGCUUCUCCAAACAGCCAAAACAGAUGGAAGACCCUGCGAGUACAACAGCAAGAUCUACCAGAAUGGAGAGAGCUUCCUUUCCAACUGCAAGCACCAGUGUACGUGCAUGGAUGGUGCUGUGGGGUGUAUUCCCCUGUGCCCCCAGCAGCUCUCCCUGACCAAACUGGGCUGUGCCAAACCCAAGCUGGUCAAAGUGCCUGGUCACUACUGUGAGGAGCUAGUCUGCCUUGAGGAGGGGAAAGUGUUGGGCUCAGCCUCAGCAGACAAGUUCAGAAAAGAUGGCCGCAAGGAUAAACAUUCCGAAGAUGACCUCACAAACAAGAACGAGCUGGUGUCUGUCAUCAGAGGAAGACUCAAGUCUUUACCUGGUGAGUCAAUUGAACUCUGUUUAACCAGUGAUUCGGUUAGUGGAUUUAUUGAGCUCCAAUAAUGUUCAGCGUCAGUAUACAUCCAGAAGGAGUUUAAAUGGUAAAUCCAUCUAUCAACCAUCUGGAUGUAUCAUCCAGGGCCGUAGCCAGAAAUUCGUUGGAUGGGCCAAGUAGUAUUUUUGUAAUAAUAACGUAUCAUUGUUUUGCUUUUGCUCAAUCUGAUUGGGUGGGCCUGGCUCUCCAGUGGGUGGGCCUGUGUCCACCCAGGCCCACCCAUGCCUACGCCUCUGGUAUCAUCUCACAUUAGAUUUAAACCAGUGGAGGAUGCUGAGGAGAGGACGGCUCAUAAAAAUGGCUGGAACGGAGCGAAUGGAAUGGCAUCAAACCAUGUGUUUGAUGUAUUUGAUACCAUUAAAUUAAUUCCGUUCCAGCCAUUACCACGAGCCCGUCCUCCCCAAUUAAAGAUGCCACCAACCUCAUGUGAUUUAAACUCAUGUCCAAUUUGCUUGAAGUUUUGUGGGACCUGGCCUCCAUUGCACAUUGACUAAUUGUCUUGCCAUCUUUUCCCCACAGCUUUCAGAAGUAAGCCUGAAAGUCGCCUGAUGUCCAAGGGGAACAAGAGGUGUGUGACACAGACCACAGCCUGGUCCCCCUGCUCUCAGUCCUGUAGCACAGGAGUAUCCACCAGGCUCACCAACAACAACAGCCAGUGCAAGCUGGUGAAGGAGACUCGUCUCUGUGAGGUCCGCCUUGAUCCCAGUCAGCCUACUCCAGCCUCAAGGUACGCAUCAAAUCAAACUGACAAUGCCAUCCUAUUACCGGGAUGACGCUGAAUCAUAAGGACAUGCAUGUCUAGUCCAUCAACAUUCUGGUCUCCCAUUGUUCUUGUUCUCCUCUCACCAUCAGAAGGUUAAGAAGGGUAAGAAGUGGAGUCGUAUUGAAAAGGCCAGCCCUCCAUUGAAACUGACCUACGCAGACUGCAGCAGUGUGAAGAAGUUCCGUCCCAGGUACUGUGAUUCCUGUCUGGACGGGCGCUGCUGCACCCCUCGGCAGACCCAGACUAUGGCGGUCUGCUUCGAGGACGGAGACACCUUCAGCAAGAAUGUCAUAGUCCUGUUCAUGUGA